AUGUCUGGAUUUCCCUCUGGUUCUUCUUGUCCCUCAGCAGAGGCGGCAUCUGCCCGUAGCUCACCGUACCCAUCAACACCAAAUAUACCGCUUUCACAAGAGUCGCCCAUCAUCGCGCAGAGUCGUCGCGUUGCAUCCGCAGCUCUUUUCCGCGAACGACUGAACACACUGUCAGGAACAAUGCAAAGUCGUACUUCGGCUGGCACACCUCACCCAUCAGUCUCGCAUGCUCGAUCCAGGUCAUCACUAAGUCAGCGCUCAUACAGGUCUUCUGGAAAACGGUCCGUGGUUAGCUCCUCGUACCCGUUUUCUCAGCGUGGAAGUGCAAGUACUGCUUCAGGACGCAAGUCUCGCGCAACUUCGUCUAUAUGGGGUUCAGAUGGUCACCAAGUCAUUUGCGCCGUGAGUGAAGCUCGCGGUGUUUCACCCUCAGUUGGACUUGCUUUUAUCAAUGUCACCACCAACGAAGCAAUCCUCAGUCAGAUUUGCGAUUCUCAGUUUUACGUCAAGACGAUUCACAAAAUCAGCAUGUAUGACCCAGACACUAUUCUAAUGGCCAGUACCGCCUUCCCGCCAAAUGUCAAAUCCACUCUCUUGUCCAUGAUCGAGGAAGAAUUUCAUGCAACAAUCGUGGAGUCUUUGGAUCGCAAGUAUUGGUCUGAAACGGCUGGGAUGGACGCAAUGCAUAACCUCGUCUUUCGCGAAGAUCUCGAGUCAAUUCAAAUCGCCAUGCAGGGGAAUUUCUAUGCAACAUGCGCGUUCGCCGCAGCAGUCAGGUACUUGGAGGCAGCUUGCCAUCUGAAAAUAAUGGCUCAUUCACUCAGGCUCCGCUAUCAGCCCUCGGAAAACUCCAUGAUGAUAGACAUUUCGACCAUCCAUUCUCUUGAGCUGAUCCAGAACAUACAGGAUGCAAAAUCAAAACACUGCCUAUUUGGCUUGUUGAAUCAGACUUCAACCCCAAUGGGAGCCAGAAUGCUUCGCAGUAAUGUUCUUCAGCCCUCCACCCAGAUUCAACAGACGCUCAAGCCUCGCUACGAUGCCCUAGACGAACUGACUAUCAAGGAGGACAUGUUCUUUGGAAUCAGGUCUGGCAAGUUUUUUCCUCUCGAAACUUUCGCCGCGUUCAAUCUAAUUAGCAGAGGUAGCCAUCAAAGACUGGUGAUUGUACCAGAGCAUGGCUCGAUAUACGAGUCUGAGAUGGCAAUCAACCAUGUAUUGAUGAUCAAAUCAUUCGUCGUAGCGAUACUCCCCUUGUACGAGGCUCUGAGCUGCGCACAGUCGGAAUUGCUCCAAAGGAUCCGGGAUGUAUGCCAACCAGAGGUUAUAGCACCUAUUCGAGAACUCAUUUCAGCCACGAUCAAUGAAGACGUUUCAUACGUCAAGACUCCGAUCGAUCUACGCAACCAACGUACAUAUGCUGUCAAGUCGGGUGUUCAUGGUCUGCUUGAUGUCGCUCGGCAGACGUACAAGGAGGGAGUAGAUGAUGUCUUUGAACACGUUGAAAAAGUCAAAGCUGAGAAUGAGCUUUCCUUCGAUAUCAAAUACGAUGACAACAGAAAGCAUUAUAUACGCGUCAAGGACUGUGAGCUUGAAGGUAGAGACAUACCUGAUCUUUUGAUUAAUCGGGUGCGAAGAGGUGGUUACUUGGAGUGCCAGACACUUUGUCUUGUCCAGCUUAACAAUCGCAUCACCGACUCUCACAACGAAACUGUCAUGCUGAGCGACAAAGUAAUACGAGAGUUGUUGGAUGCCAUCCGGGGGCACGUCGCCAACCUGUUCCGUGCCUGUGAGGGCAUCGCACUCCUCGAUAUGCUUGCCGCAUUCGGACAAGCUAUUACAACCAGAGAUUACAUCAGACCAGAAUUCGGGGACACACUGGCCUUGAAAGCGGCUCGACAUCCUAUCAUUGAAAUGAUGUUGCAAGGAAAGUUCGUGCCCAAUGAUGUAUACGCGAGCGAGGAUCGCCGCUUCCAAAUCAUUACGGGAUGUAACAUGAGCGGCAAAAGCACAUACAUUAGAAUGAUUGCACUCCUGCAAAUCAUGGCACAGAUCGGUUGUUUCGUCCCCGCCGAGUAUGCUCAUUUCACUAUCGUCGAGCAUCUCUUUGUGCGUAUGUCUACGGAUGACUGUAUUGAGGCAAAUCUCUCAACUUUUUCUACUGAAAUGAGAGAAAUGGCUUUCAUCCUAGGCAACAUCAAUGGCAAAGCUCUAGCUGUUAUUGACGAGCUUGGACGCGGAACUAGUACAAGAGAUGGACUUGCUAUUGCACUGGCGAUAUCAGAGGCCUUGAUACAGAGCAAGUCCAUGAUAUGGUUUGCAACACAUUUCCAUCAAUUGGCCAAAGUUCUCGGCAGUCGUCCAGGGGUUCUGAAUCUACACCUUGGCACGGAUAUUUCACCGACCGAACUGGCAGAGACCCCAAAGAUGACCAUGCUGUACAAAGUUGACUCAGGGCCACUCAAUGAGGUACAUUACGGGCUUCAUCUUGCAAAGGUUGUGGGAUUUCCCGAUUCAUUUCUCCAUAUUGCCGAGACCACGUCCCACAAGCUCAGGCGACAAAUCGAGCGGAAAAGGGACAACUCCCAGUUCCAAAAGCUGAAACGUCGAAGAAAUCUGAUCCUACAGUUGCAUGAAAUGCUAAAGCAAAUGGAGGAAGGAGACAUGGAUGAUGCAGCUUUAGGAAGCUAUCUAAUCAAGUUGCAGAAUGAGUUUGCUGAAAGAAUGGAUGACAUUGAGAGCAGGAGUUACGGGACUGUGGUGGAUGAUGACGACGACGAGGAAGAGUCCGAAAGGGACUCCGCUGCAGGGCGCUCUAUUGAUGGGAUCCUAACCGAGCAGGAAUUCAUGUUGGAGACUGAAUGA